GGCACCUGCUUCGAUUUCAGCGCCGCGGACCUGCGCACGUACCUUGUGGGGACGGAGGAGGGGGCGGUGCACCGCUGCUCCACCGUGUUUUCGGAGCAGUAUGUGCAGAGCUACAGCGGUCACCUGGCACCGGUGUAUCAGGUCUGCUACUCUCCUUUCAGCCCCUCCCACUUCCUCACCGCCUCUGCCGACUGGUCGGUACGGUUGUGGAGCGAGGGCCAGCCACGCAGCCUGUGGACCUUCCAGCUGCCCUCCUGCAAGGCCGAGGUGGCAGACGUGGCGUUCUGCCCCGCCGCAGCCACGCUGUUUGCCGCC